CAUAUAAUCUUUCCAACUCAACUUUGCAGUCAGUCCUGAAAUGGCGCUGUGUUUGGUAUUGUUCUUUCUGAUUGCAGGGACUAGUUUGGGGCUGGAGAAUACACAGGCCUUGAAUGUGUCUCAAAGAUGUGAGGAGGACACCAACACCUUUAUCUGGGAAAUUAACCAGGAGACACCCAAGGAAUAUGCUGUUUUCAUGCACAAUGCAUCUGGAAGGAUUGGUGGCAAUGUUACAGGAGGUGACGUCAACCAAACUGGUUCGCUGGACCACUGUCGAUCUGCCCAUGGUCCUACUUUCUCUGGACAGUACUGCCAGGCAUUUCUUUCACAGGGAACUAUCCAGCAUGUUGUGGGUGUUUGUGUCCCUGACUCCUGCAGUGAAGAGGACGUACAUUUUCUUGUGCUGCAUGGGAGACUUCAGUAUGGUCAGACAGCGCUUAUUUCACCAAUACUGGUCAACCAGUCCAUUCAGGAGAUGACCAUGACACGAUGUUUGCCCAACAACACCAUUGCUCCAGAUGCAUCUGGUUAUGGAUAUGUGGCCUGUCUGUUUGUGUGUUGCUUAAUGGUUGCAAUUCCUCUAGCAGCUACCAUGUUCACAGCUUUGUUAAGCUGGCAAAAGAACAAGGAUGUCAGUCCAUCUCCAGAGGCAUGCUGUAAAAACACUGCACUAAACCCUUAUGGGGGUUUGAAGUCCAAUGACUCCUGCAGCAGUGAAAUGAACAUAAGUACUUCAGAGGAGUUUAAUAAACACAAACCAGUCUGUUUUCCACGACGCUGUCUGGAGCGGUGGCUGCAGGCAUUUUCUCUACAGAAUACCUGCCGUGGUGUCUUCAGCACAACCUCAUCAAUCCCAGGAGGAGGAUACUCCUCCCUGAAUGGAAUCCGUGCUCUCUCCCUGUUAUGGAUCAUAUGUGGCCACGAUAGCACGUUCACUUAUACGAACAACACUGAUAAUGCUGAAGAAUGGUUGGAAUGUGUAAGGAGCAGCCCUUUUCAUAUUAUCACGGCUGGAGCGAAUUAUCUGGCAGUAGACACCUUCUUAGUGCUUGGGGGUAUGCUUAGUGCCAAGUCUCUGUUAGGCUCCAUCAACAGGGCAGAGGGCAAACUGAGUGUCUCUGUGGUGGGAAACUACUUCUUCAGCAGGAUCAAAAGAAUUCAGCCACUACUUAUGUUCUGUGUGUGUCUACUUACUGGUGUGUACUCGCUGGUCAAAUGGGGACCCUACAGAACAUAUUUGAUGAAAGUAGACACUUGUAGGACACAUUGGUGGGCUAACUUGCUGUUCAUCAGCAAUCUCAUAGAUACUCAAAACCUAUGUUUACCUUGGACAUGGUACUUAAGUCUAGACUUCCAGUUUUAUGCCACCACUCCUGUGUUACUCUAUCUUCACAAAUUGAACAGAGGUGUGUUUGCAGCUGUGGUAGGAGGUUUGUUGCUACUAACCACUGCUGCUGGUGCCAUUUUGACAGCACUAAAGCACUUUCCAGUCUUCAUGCCAAUAUCAUUGAACGUGCUAGAUAUAGUAUCAUAUUUGUCAAUGUACUAUACUAAACCUUACACAAGAUAUGGCCCAUAUUUACUUGGGAUCCUGCUUGGAAUACACUUUGUGACAAAAAAAGAUCAGCUCAUAAAGAAAAAGUGGCAGGCAGCACUCGGUUGGUUCUGCACUAUUUUCCUCAUGGCAGUGGUGUUUGGCUUGGCCUUUGCCCUCAGGGAGACCCCAGACUACCCAUCUGUGCCACAUGCCCUCUAUCAGGGACUGCACAGAACAGUCUGGGCUUUGGCUAUCGUCUGGAUCAUUGUUGCCUGUGAGGAAGGAUAUGGAGGUUUAAUCAAGAGUGUCUUGUCACUGGGUUUCUGGAUUCCAAUUUCCAACAUCAGUUUUGCUGCCUAUUUGUUCCAUCCUAUUUUAAUAUCCCUGCAUAAUGGAGUGCAAGAAAACAAAUUUCACUUCACAGUCUUCAACUUUAUGAUCCUGUACUUUGGCCGCUUACUGCUGUCACUGUUGAUUGGCUACAUGUUGACUGUGCUGAUUGAGAAGCCCUACUUCCUAAAAUACAACCGUAAAUAGAUACAGUGGACAUGAGAAAUCACAAUUGAAACUGUAUCAACACAUUACCAUUGUCAUUUCUAUAUUGGUCUAUUUGUGCUUUCCCACUUAAUUAACGUGGACCUUUAAGAGGGUUAAAGGGGAGAAAAAACAUUGUGUCAUUCAUUCAGUUUGGACUGUCCUUUGUAGAGUGUGUUCUGUUUUCUCAAACUCUCAGACUUAGAUUGUCUUGUAUUAAAUACAACACACAAUUUAAGUUAAACAAAAAAUGUAUCCUGUGUGGUAAUCACAGAAACUACAUUUCUAAGACUGUUUUUUAAUGGUCUGCCCUGCUCUAAUAAUAACAUAAUUUCAUUUAUAUAAUAAUUUAAUUAUCACUGCCUCUGUGUGGAGUGGAUUUAGUCUCUGUGUCCCCCAGUGUCUUAGUUGGUACAUUUUGCUUGUUCGAGUUAACAUGCAUUCUUCUGGUUAUUUUCUAGAAAUGUUGUCAUGCUUGCAUCAUAACAAUAUCUUGAAUCUUGAAUCGUGAGCUGCUUUGCAGUGUUUGUGCCUCCUUUUCUCAUUUUUAUUUUCAUUUAAAUAAUGUUCUCAAACCUGCCUGUGUGCGUGUGUGUAUGAGAAACAUGAUUCAUGACUUAAGAAAUGCUUGCACUGUUUUCUUUUGUACCUAGUACGAUAAAUGAACUUAUUGUUGUGACCACAAUUGAUCAUGUUUCCUCUAAAUCGUUUCCUCAUCACAAAAUAAUAAAAUAAUAAAAAGGACACAAAGGAUGUGGAUAAUUCUAGGGUUUAUCAAAUGUUUCAAAGGAACAAGGGUAAAUGUGAUACUAUAAAACUUUGUAGCCUAGUUUAAGUUCAAAAUGUCUUUGACAACUAAAAUAAAACUUGUGUUGCUCUAAUCAUAUGCAGCAGGAACAAUGAGCAACUCUUGGUGUGUCUGGUGUGUUCCACAGCUGUAGGUCCAACUCCCAAGGGGGACGUAGAAGAUACACAAAGUUAAGGAUGUCCUGCUGGUAGUGAUUCUUCCU